GGGCAGCAGUGCUAUCUGUCUGAUAUUGCAGGCGGGUGGGGUUUCCCAUUUAGCCUAUAUCUUCCCAUCUCUCAGCUUAAGCCUCUGCACCAUCCCACCGUCACUUCUCAGCUCUCUCCCUCCCUUUCUUCUUUUUGUCAUUCCAUUCAUUCAUCCUGUUAGUGCCUCUUUGUCCCUUUACUCUCAGCCUCUUUCUCUCUUUCUCUCUCCACCUGUUCUUGAAUUCAGAAACGAUAGAUCCUAGGUCAUAUUUGUAGGAUCGGCAGUCAAUCAAACAUCAAAUCGCAUCAUCAGAUCAGGUAUAAAAGGGAAGAUAUUCCCUUCUGGGAGAGCCCUCCUUAGGCCGUUCAAUCAUCAUCAGCAACCUCAGCAGCGAGCAUGUCAUCCUCCUCAGCCGCCUUUUCUUUUGACCACUUCUCGUCAUCCCCUUCCGAGCAGCUCUGCUACGCUUACUGCAACUUCUGCGACACCAUUCUCGCGGUGAGCGUUCCCCGUAGUAGUCUUUUCAUGACGGUGACGGUGAAGUGCGGCAAGUGCACCAACCUUCUCUCUGUCAAUGCGAGGGGACUUCUCUUCCCCGAGGUCAACCAGUUCCGACUUGGCCAUUCCUUUCUGACUCUCCCCCAUCACAAGCUCUCGGAUGAGAUACCAUGCUCACCUACAAGCUUACUAAUGGAUCCAACCACAAUGAACACCACCACCACCACCACCACCAAUACUCUAGUGGCUUCAGUCAACAGAGGAACUGAUGAUAAACUUCGACGGACGCCGGUCCUUAACAAACCUUUGGAGAAAAGGCAGAGAAUUCCAUCCGCAUACAAUCGAUUUAUCAAGGAUGAAAUCCAACGCAUAAAAGCUGUGAAUCCCGACAUUACUCACAGAGAGGCCUUCAGUGCAGCUGCAAAAAACUGGGCUCACUUUCCGCACAUCCAUUUCGGUCUGAUGCCGGAUCAGCUCAUGAAGAAGGCCAGCUUUCGGCUGCAGGAGGGAGAGGAUGUUCUUCUCAAAGACAGCUUCUGAGUUUUCCCUUUGGUUUUCUCCUCUUCCUCUCCUCUUGGGGUUCGUUCUUGGUCUUCUAAUGGAGGAUAUAGGGGCAGUGGGGGAUGUAAAUGCCUGUGCAAAAGGUUGGGUGGUGGCAGAUCUCAUGGACAAAAAGUUUGAAGUGCUUAGAUAUGUCUGCAACACUCUUAUCUGCUAACCCUACUGCAAACUUAGCCUUUUCAAGCAUUUAUGAAUUGAUCUUUGGUUGCAGUAGACAAUGUGCUUCCUCAAUUGUCUACGUUUAUAGCUGAGCAUAACAUAAAGGAUUCAGACACUCCAUUAUAUGUUCUUCCUCAUCCAUUCGCUCAUUGCUGCUCUCAGCCAUUGUUUACUCUCUAAACAGCAACUUAGCUCACCAACAAGAAAUCCACUAGUAUUUGUGAUUCAUUCUCAAUCAACAAGUUAAAAUAAGGCAUUCCGAGCCAUCGUAAGAUCCAAACCAAGAAAACUUGGAAAGGGUUUGGUGUUAAAACGAAGUAGAACGACUGUGUUGUGUUCAUGCAAGCUGAAGGAAAUGUAUAUAACAAGGAACAAACUGAGCAAUCAAAUACAAGCUUUGGCGAUCCAAAUGGAGAUAUCAGAUAGCAGUGUAAUGUGGCAAUUCCAUUUUUGAGGAUUUAUGAGCUUGACUGAGGUAC